AUGUCAAGCUUACGAGAGUUGCACCUUUCCAAAAAUAAUCUAGGAAAGAAUAAUUUAAUUGACUGGCAGUGGUUAUUAGGUCUGCAGAUAACUAAAUCACUGAAAUUAUUAGAUAUAAGUGGAAAUAAAAUUAAAUAUUUACCCACAGCAAUUUGGAAACUAAUAAAUUUAGUAACAUUAAGAGUAAAUGAUAAUGAAUUAAAAAAGAUACCUGCUACCAUUGGUCGUAUUCGAACAUUGAGAUAUCUAGAUAUUUCCCAGAACAACUUCAAAAGCAGUUCUAAAAUACAAACUGUUUUAUGCCGC